AUGGCAGAAGGAAAGCCGCCAGUUAGGAGAAAAAUAAGGAGAGCAUAUAGCGAUCAAGGGAUUCCCAGCCAUCGAGAUCCAUAUGGGCACUUUGAUUAUACAAAAUCUAUCAGAAAUCCUGGACUUAUUGAAAGGAGAAGCGACUCAGCAGGGUCUGUGAUUGUUCCUCACAAAGCAAUGACUAGGGAAAGCAAGUUCUUCAAAAUGGAGUCAGACCGUAUGAGUAAUGUUGCUCUUCAAAAAGAACAACCAAGAUCUUCUCAAGAAGGCUGAAGUUCAGGAAAUAGUUCUGAUAGAAGCCCUGGCCUGCAUAAACCUCGUAAAGCUGUUCGGUUUGAUACCAACAAUGGAGGCUCAGAUCAUACUUUUGAAGGAGGUGAAAGCUUUGAAUCCGAUGAGAGUGAGCAAAGUUAUAGUGGUGAUGGAAGAAAUCAACUAGAGUCUGAAGAAUCUGACUCUGGUUCCCAAGGAUCUGAGGAGGAAUCAAAGAGGUCUGAGGAAUCAGUCGGACUUGAAGAAGUAUCUAAUGGCUCAGAACAAAAUUCAUCAACUUCCUCCAAUAAAGAUGGUGAGGGAGUAGGGGAAGGAGAAGGAGAUGAACACAAGGCUGAACCAGAGAUUGUGGAAGUUAAACUUAAUAAACCUCUAAAGAGUGGAAAAGUAGAUCACGAAGGUACAAUUUUAAUCUCAAAUAUUUAGAAAUUGAAUUAUAUUUUGAGGAGCAAAGUGAUGAACCAUCUAUUUUCGAUCCAAUGGAAACCAUCCAAAAGACUGGAAAAAUUAAUGUGAUUGAGCUUGAAGAGAAUAAUAGAAUAUCUGGAAUU